UCAUAUGCCUUAUCAGGAUGCGGAGAUGGCUCAUGAGGGGUAGCUUCUGGGCUGCUGUGGGGUACCAUAGUAGCUUUUGCGUGGUACCUCUAGACAACGAAGUGGAAAGGGACAUGGACCCCCCCCGCCCCUGACGACGAUCAUGAAUUACAUACAACGGGUUGUACCAAAGCAGCAGAAGCUCGGAAUAACUCACUAACAUUGACAAUUACCCAACCAUGUAGGCCAUGCUCUACGGCGCCGGGGUCCCGAAUAAGGACAUGAUGAAGAAGGCGCCGCAUGUCGGCAUUGCGACGGUGUGGUGGGAGGGCAACCCCUGCAACACCCAUUUGCUGGAUCUUGGCCAAAAGGUCAAGAAGGCCGUUGAGCGUGAGAAGAUGCUCGCGUGGCAGUUCAACACCAUUGGUGUCUCGGAUGGUAUCACCAUGGGCGGAGAGGGCAUGCGCUACUCACUUCAGUCGCGCGAGAUCAUCGCCGACUCCAUCGAGACCGUCACCUGCGCUCAGCAUCACGACGCCAACAUCUCCAUUCCCGGCUGCGACAAGAACAUGCCCGGCGUCAUCAUGGCCGCGGCCCGCCACAACCGCCCCUUCGUCAUGAUCUACGGCGGCACCAUGCGCGGCGGCCACUCGGAGCUCCUCGACCGCCCCAUCAACAUCGUCACUUGCUACGAGGCUUCCGGCGCUUAUACGUACGGCCGUCUCAAGCCCGCGUGCCCCAACAGCACCGCCACCCCUUCGGACGUCAUGGACGACAUCGAGCAACACGCCUGCCCCGGCGCCGGCGCCUGCGGCGGCAUGUACACCGCCAACACCAUGGCGACCGCCAUCGAAGCCAUGGGCCUCACCGCGCCGGGGUCCUCCUCUUUCCCUGCGUCUUCGCCCGAAAAGUUCCGCGAGUGCGAAAAAGCCGCCGAGUACAUCAAGAUCUGCAUGGAGCAGGACAUUCGCCCCCGCGACUUGUUGACCAAGGCCUCGUUCGAGAACGCGCUCGUGCUCACCAUGAUCCUCGGCGGUUCUACCAAUGGCGUUCUGCACUACCUCGCCAUGGCCAACUCGGCCGACGUCGACUUGACUCUGGACGACAUCAACCGCGUCUCGGCCAAGACGCCCUUUUUGGCUGACAUGGCUCCCUCGGGCCGCUACUACAUGGAAGACCUGUACAAAGUCGGCGGGACCCCCGCGGUCCUCAAGAUGCUCAUCGCCGCAGGUUAUAUCGAUGGCACCAUCCCCACCAUCACCGGCAAGUCCUUGGCGGAAAACGUAUCCGACUGGCCUAGUCUCGACCCCGAUCAAAAAAUCAUCCGCCCCUUGAACAACCCCAUCAAGUCCCAAGGCCAUAUCCGUGUCUUGUACGGAAACUUUUCUCCCGGCGGCGCUGUCGCCAAGAUCACAGGCAAGGAAGGCCUCUCCUUCACGGGAAAAGCCCGUUGCUUCAACAAGGAAUUCGAGCUCGACGCCGCCUUGAAGAACUCGCAGAUUACCGUCGAGCAAGGAAACCAGGUCCUCAUUGUGCGGUACGAAGGACCGAAAGGCGGGCCAGGUAUGCCUGAGCAACUGAAGGCUUCAGCGGCGAUCAUGGGCGCGGGCCUGACUAAUGUCGCCCUGGUGACAGAUGGUCGGUACUCUGGUGCUUCGCAUGGGUUUAUUGUGGGCCAUGUGGUGCCCGAGGCGGCGACGGGGGGGCCGAUUGCGCUGGUGAAAGACGGGGAUUUGAUUACCAUUGAUGCGGUUAGGAACCGGAUUGAUGUCGUUAGGACCGUGGAGGGCGCCGAGGGCGAGGAAGAGAUUGCCAAAGUGUUGGAGGAGCGCAAGAAGGGGUGGAAGGCGCCGGUGAUGAAGCCGACGAGGGGGGCGUUGGCCAAGUAUGCAAGGUUGGUGGGGGAUGCGUCGCAUGGGGCUGUUACUGAUUUGGGUGGGGAUGCGUACUAGAGGGCAUACUUAAUUUGGAUGGCGGACGGCGGCGGCUUUCUACUACGACGUGGGCGGAUAGAAAAUGGUU